AUGAUCUCUCAGGUCUUUGUUUUAUCAGCUUUGGCAGUAACUGCAUUUGCCAGUCUUUAUCAUGAACCUAUCCACCAUCCCCAACCCUUCAAGUUCGGCUACAGCGUAAAGGACAAGCACGGUGAGCAACACCGUGAAGAAGUUGGCGAUGGCAAGAACGUCAAGGGAAGCUACGGAUUCACUGAUGCCAGGGGAAUCCACCGACAGGUCAACUACGUAGCUGACCAUGGUGGUUUCAGAGCUGAGGUCAAGACCAACGAACCCGGAACCGCCAACCAGAACCCUGCUGCUGUCCACAUCAUCUCUGAUGCUCCCUAUGGACAUGGUGGAUACGCUGCAACUCCCGUACUUGGAUAUGCUGGAGUUGGAGGAGCAGGAUUAGGUUAUGCAGGAUAUGGUGGCUAUGGAGGCUAUGGACUUGGAGGAUAUGGAGGUUAUGGUCUCGGAGGAUAUGGAGGUUAUGGUCUCGGAGGAUAUGGAGGCUAUGGUCUUGGAGGAUAUGGUGGCUAUGGUCUUGCUGGUUUAGGAUAUGCUCGAUAUGGUUUCUAG